AUGGCUCAGCAUUAUCACCUAUCCUCCCUAUUACUACUUGCAUUUCUCAACUUAUGCUUCAUGCAUGGCCACAUAACAUGUGCAACUGCACGUCACCUACUAGAGACGCCCCUCCCUGAGAUUCCUAAACUAGAAUUCCCGAAAGUUCCAACCUUCACAAAGCCUGAGAUUCCUAAACCAGAAUUCCCAAAAGUUCCAACCUUGCCAAAGCCUGAGAUUCUAACUGUGCCAAAGCCUGAGCUUCCAACUUUACCAAAGCCCCAAGUAUCGACUGUGCCGAAGCCUGAGCUGCCAGUUGUCCCAAAGCCUGAGUUGCCAACUUUGCCAAAACCCGAGAUCCCAGUUGUGCCAAAGCCCAAGCUACCUGCUAUGCCAAAGCCUGAGAUCCCAGCAAUGCCAAAACCCGAGUUGCCAAACAUACCAAAGCCUGAAAUUCCAACCGUUCCAAAGCCUAAGAUUCCUACUAUACCAAACCCUGAGCUACCAACUUUCCCAAAGCCUGAGAUCCCAACGGUGCCAAAGCCUGAGAUUCCAGCCGUGCCAAAGCCGGAGAUCCCAAAGUUGUCAAAACCUGAACUUCCUCCCCUAAAAAGCCAGAGGUUCCCGCAAUGCCAAAGACUGAGCUUCCUCCAGCAAUGA